AAUAUGGAAUUAGCAGCGGGAUGAAGCCAUGGCCCAGGCAUCCCGACAUCCUGCCGGCACAUCCACGGGCCAAGGCCCGGCCUGCCGCAGCGGUCGUCGGGCAGCCGCCAGCCGCGGCAGGGCCUCACCCCGCGCUCCAGCCGGGGCAGGAGAUCUGAGAGCUGCAACAGGAGGAACAGUCUCAGCCUUCCCUUCUGCAAGCACGGCCCACCCCGAGCGCGCGGCGGGACCCGCCGGGCUCCCCACAGCACAAGCUGCCUGCGGCAGGCAGGGGCGCUGCCCCGACACCCCGCGCGCCCGUGACAGCAGAGCAGCACAGUGCAGUCUGCAGUCGUGGGCCCUUCCUCCUCGCAGCAGCAGCAUGGCACUUCCCCUUUUGGGCCUGCGUCCCCUUGCUGUCCCAUGGUCUCCCCUCCCCCAGGACAGCCAAGGCACGGGGAGGCGCUGAAGUUAUGUGCUCCACCCCAUGCCCUCUCCUCUGGGCACAAUCGGCCUGUUGUCUGGGGAUUAGCGCUCCAACACCCACACGAGGCCAGCCCCAUCAGCAGUAGCUUUCGCUGGUACCCAAAGCCUCUGGGGGCAGCUCAGCAGCAGGACCAGGGAGGAUGGGAGUGAGGGCUCUGCUCUGCAACGUGCCCAGGCACACGCACUGGUGCUGCAGAGCUGCAUCUUCUCGGCCAGUGACUGCUCCCAGGCCAACCCUGCCCUAGACGUGCCCCCAGCGGGGCUGGGGGAGGGAGGGGACGGACGUGCAGCAGUGCAGACCUUGGAGGAAGAGCCUGCCGGCCUGGGCCCUACCCUGACAUGGCUCCCCACUGCGACUCUGGGCAAGUCACUCCAAUCAAUGCUGGGUGCAGCACCCACCAGUGUCCUGGAGCCCGCCCUUCCCUCCCAGGAGAUGUGCCAAUGCACCAGGUACGAGUCGGGUGCAGCACGCUGGCUUCGGCUCCCACUGAGACCCAGUGGGAACUUGGCCAGGUUGGAAUUGGCUCACCACGACAAGUGGUUAUUAAUACCUCUCAUGGCGUCAGGGCACUGGCUGGGAACGUCCCUCCUGCCGAGCUGGCAGCUACAAAUGGCUCAAAAGGGGCAAGCACCAGGGGCUCAGAUGGCUACUGGGGUGGUCUGGCCUGACGAGGCUCCCUGCAAGCAUGGCAGUCCUGGCCCCUCACCUCCUCCUUGCUCCUCUGCGCUGGCCGGCUCCCGAGCACGUAGCGGGGCACCGAGACCACAGAGGUCUCUGGCCGAGCUGUCCCCGGACCCCAAGCACGAGACACGGAGCUGCUUCCAACACAGGACUCACUCCUUCCUGUUUCCCAGGGUAGCAUUUCUGACCCGGGGAGGGAGCUCAGCAGCACAUGACCCAGGCAGCCCCGGCAGGCCACAGCCUUGCCAGGACCAGCACGGAGCAGCCUCCAGUCCCACACAGGCCACUUCAUCAGCACUGAGCGCAGGAACCCAACCCCAGCCCAAACAAGAGCAAAAGCUGCCCACAGGGUCAGGCUUACUGCCCAUCUGCCGGGAGGCCCAGGGCUUUGCAGGACAGCAGCCCCUCCUGCUCUGGUCAAAUGCGGUCCGCAGCGGCACCGCUCCCCAGCUGGAGACCAGCAUGUGUGCCCGAGGCAGCCAGUCUGGACCCUACCAGGCGCCACCGUCACCAACAGAACGGAGUCUCCCCACCUGGGACAGGAUCACUGGUGACACCGUCUCCUCCCCAUGGGAUUUGCCCCAUGUACCUGAGCCAAGCUGCCCUCCCCAGGCCAGCGGGAAAGCCCCUGCCCAUGAGGGCCAAUGCGCUCUGCUUCCAGGCCCUUGCCUUGCACAAUUUUCUUCAGCCACACAGUCCCCACAGCCUUCACUUGGAGGCACCAGGUCACUUUGUGCCAAGCCCCGUUGUAGAGGAGAAGAUUAAAAUUAACUCCAGGCCAGGACCACCA